CGGACGCGCUGUCAAACAUGGUUGCUGAAAACAUGAAAAUUGUCUGCAAGUGUUGCAUUUGUUCCCCGAGAAAAUGAACAAUUUUACAACUUCUGCAUGGUAAACGGAACGAAUUUGCGGUGCAGUAUCGUCAACUAGUGCACAAGGGCCCGGCGGUAGUGUUAUUCGUGACGGAACAGUGCGGUGUGCAGUGGCGCGACGGGAUCGAUGUAAAAUCUUUUGUUUUGAAAACGGUGGCGGAGUAUGUGUAUAGGGCCGAAAGAAUGUUGAUACGGUCGGGGAUUGAGUCGAGCAGCCAGCGGGACCAGCAGGACUGGGUGGCCAUGUCGCCCCUGUGGACGGCCCGGUACGACUACCAGGCGCAGGGCGACGACGAGCUGUCGCUCCGGGUGGGCCAAAUCGUGUACGUGCUGUCCACCGACAGCAGCAUCUCGGGCGACGAGGGUUGGUGGACGGGCAAGAUCGGGGACCGUGUGGGCAUCUUCCCGUCGAACUUCGUCACGAACGAGGAUCCGGCCGUGCUGAAGGUGCAGCCCGUCGAGAUACAGUUCCACGAGCUGGAGCUGAAGGAGGUGAUCGGUGUCGGGGGCUUCAGCAAGGUCCACCGUGCCUAUCUGAACGGGGAGGAGGUUGCGGUGAAAGCGUCCCGCCAGGAGGAAGAAUUCGAGGUGGCGCGACAGAAUGUGCUGCAGGAGGCGAAGCUGUUCUGGUCGCUAAAGCACCCGAACAUAGUGUCCCUGAAGGGCGUUUGUUUGGAUCCGAAAAACCUCUGCCUGGUGAUGGAGUUCGCUCGGGGCGGCUCGCUGAACAAGAUACUGGCCGGCAGGAAAAUUCCACCGAACGUGCUGGUGGACUGGGCGAUCCAGAUAGCGCGCGGCAUGAAGUAUUUGCACUGCGAAGCACCAAUCUCCGUCAUUCACCGUGAUUUGAAGAGUUCCAAUGUGCUAAUUAGUGAAUCGAAUCAAAACGGGCAUCUGCACAACAAAACACUCAAAAUAACAGAUUUCGGGCUGGCCCGAGAAGCGUACCGCACUACGCGAAUGUCUGCGGCCGGCACAUUCGCCUGGAUGCCACCGGAAGUGAUCAAAUCGGGCACCUACUCCAAAGCGUCCGAUGUGUGGAGCUACGGUGUGUUGCUGUGGGAAUUGCUCACCGGAGAAACACCCUACAAGGGCUUCGAUUCGCUGUCCGUCGCAUAUGGUGUGGCGGUGAAUACACUCGCCUUACCAAUCCCAAAAACCUGCCCAGAAUCAUGGGGAAAGCUAAUGAAAUCCUGCUGGGAAAUCGAUCCGCAUCGGAGGCCUUCGUUUAAGGAGAUUGAAAAGGAUCUUGACAUUAUCGCAAGGUCCGGUUUUGCUCAAACGCCCCACGAAUCAUUCCAUACGAUGCAAGACGGCUGGAAGAAGGAAAUCGCGGAAGUGCUGCAAGAGUUGCGUAAAAAAGAAAAGGAACUACGCAGCAAAGAGGAAGAGCUGUCGCGUGUCCAGCAGCAGCAGCGCUGCAAGGAGGAAACGUUAGCGAAGCGCGAGCAAGAGCUGCACGCCCGCGAGAUCGAUCUGCUGGGCCGGGAGCUAAAAAUUAUUAUCAAUCAAAACACUCCUACGCCGAAGAAGCGCAAGGGGAAAUUUAGCAAAAGUAGAAUCAAGCUGAUUAAAAAAGCACCGGGACAAAUUUCGUUGCCAUCGGACUUUCGUCACACCAUUACGAUCCAGCAUACGGCCAUACGGGAUGAGAAUCGUCAGCGGCUGGAUACGCCGCCCGGGUCACCCGCGACUCGCCUCCGGACGAUUGUGUUUCCGGGCGAUGCAAUCAAGGGUAAGACCUGGGGCCCAUCGACGCUGCACCAGCGGGAGCGGAGCCACUUGCCGACGAUGCGACCAACCACCCGACCGCAACAGUUCAGCAAGAGUGCCCCGAACCUGGACAAAUCGCGGGCGACGGCGAUGUCCGCCGGCUCGUCGCGGCACGAAAUCCUAGAUUACGAUUCCGAGGAUGCGUGGUAUGCUACGACGGCAAACUUGGGCGCCGGACACGGUACAGAUAUGUCGACGUUGAGUGUAACGCCUCUCUGCUCUAGUCUUAAUCGGUUCGGUUCCCUACCGAGCACCGUACCGAUGCCAACGCUGUACGCUUCCGAAGGUCAACGAAAACCGAAACCGUCGAUCAUCGAGAUGGUGCUGUACAAUAUGGCGUCGAUGUUGGCCAGCGUUGCGUCCGGGUAUGAUGUGCGUGUGUCGAACGUUACUCCGGUCCAUCCGAAGCUUCAUCCGGGUCCGCUCCAACAGUACGAAUCGUACUCACAGCCUGCUAGUCCUUAUCAUUAUCAGCUGCAGGCGGUGCACGAUCCUCACUCGCUGCACACGGAAGGUAUGCAUAGGUUAGAGUCGAUGCCCCCAUUAACGACGGUGCCCACGCUGGACAAUGCGCUGGGUCAGGAAUUGUACGAAGAGGAGCUUGCUCAAGCACAAGACGAUAGACUGUAUGCACAAAACAGCGGUACACCGUUUCAUGAACCAGUGAGACAGCAGACUAGGAAGCUGACGACUCAAUCGACCAGCCCACGGCAGGAUGAGCGUGCUCUCAAGUACACCGACUCACCACAACACUAUCUACCUUCGACAAUGUCAACGACGAGCGGGCUCGGCUCUAACUACACCCCAUCGGGACCAAGCUCCUCCUUCAGUGUGGGAGCCGGCACGCAACCUCCGACGCCGUCGCCUCGGCGAAAGUCCAGCGCCACAUCGUUCAUGGACUACGGUGAGCUGCCGGAAGAGCGUGAAAGUAGAGCGGGACUGUACAUUCCGGGCGAGUACGACGGGUAUACGCAGCAUAAUCCAAUCUUUAACACAGGCAAUCGAGCCGCUACUGGAAGCUACAUUGGAUCACAUUACUUCCCAUAUCGACCAGCGAUCAACUUUGCGUUCGAGCGUGAAACGAAAUCGUACGGCGGAGAACCGGUGUACGAGGAUCACCAUUACGACAGUGCCUCGUACCACGAUUAUGCGUACGAAGGGUCGACAGGGACGGCGGGAGCCGGUAGUUUAAGAGCAACCGGCACACGAGUACCAACGAUGGGCAUCAGUGCUACGGGUCAUCGUAGGACACACUCGAACGUUUCCAGCACUAUGCUAAGCAGCAACGUUAACCAAGGGUUUCACAUGGAGGGAGAGGACAUGAGCACAAGGCUGUUAGACGAUGCGACCUACAAAUUUGGAGGCCUAUAUCUAUCGAGCGGCGGAACAGAUACUCCAACGCCCAGUCGCUUACCGUUGGCAGGCACGUCGAAAAUGCACGAACCACCCGUAGCCUUUCAAGCAACGAGCCGCAUGCAUCAGUACGAGAACAUACCGAACUUCUUCCGCAGGCAGUCGAGCCUGCAGGCGCACUACCCUUCUAGCAGCCACGGUGGACACCUGUCCGGGGAGUUUAUGAGUGGGAUCGAACAGGAGGAGCGCCCGUACACGGUGCUGGGAUUGGACCAUGGUGACGGUGGUGGAUCGUUGGCGGCUAGCUUAACAAGACCACAGACGAAGCUACGGUCCAGUAUGAAGAAGUACACUCAUUCUCAUCCGACGCCUGCAGGAGCUGCUAGUUCCCAGGGGAAGUACGGUGGAGCUGGUUACGGUGCUCACGGUGGCACAUCUAGUACAACCAAUCCAACGCCUCCCGAUAGCCUCACCAGCGAUGACAGUUCGUACCUGAGCGCGAAGGACAAUUCGUCCUCGAUAUCCUCCCAGAGUCGUGUGCGCUUCACACCGGAAAUUGUGCUCGACGUUGAUUCGCCGCUACAAUCACCAACGGGCUUUGGCGGUGCAGCUACAUCCUCCUCCGGACAUGGUACGAAGGAUAGACGCAGCUCAUCGUCCGGCAGUACGAUGCUGACAGCCACACCCGGUUCCGGAGCGUCCUCGACGUCGAUGUCGGGACGACGAUCGAAUGCUUGCGACACGAGCCAAUCCUAGCAGUACGUGAAAACGUACAUGGUGUAGUGGGCACUACAGUGCCGACCAUGCCAUGCUUCUCACACUCUAUCUCUCUCUCUCGGUCGAGCUUGACUACGUUUGUUUGGAAGCUAAUGCUUUUGUGACGGGAUAACUCUCACUCAAAACUCAAUAUUGAUGAGUGGUGAUGAGACCCUUGCAAUCAUUCCACAACAUCAUUCCAGAUAUAUAUUUUUAGUUAUUUUGCUAGCGAAGUGACAGUCGAGUAACAAAGAGUUUCAAAGUGUUUUCUUAGAAACGGUUCUAGUAUAACCCGUUCUAUCCAGCAGCGUGGAUACUAUACACACAAGCAAAGAAAGGCGAUACCGUGCACUUGUUCGCUGUAGGGUUACCCAUAAAAUUGGCUGUGAUACACUGAUAAUUUGUAAAGUAGGACUUAUGUUUUCUAAUUGAUCUAACAAAAAAACGAAAAAACGAAAUGAUUCUAAGACAACAGACAGUACGUCGGUACCCAUGUGGCAGAAUGCAGUAAUGCUCCUCAGUAACUUCUUGUUGGAUGAGAUUGGCAGGACUAGAUAUUAAUAUGUUUUCGACUUUGAUGGAUUCAUCGCUGAGUAUCUAGAUCGUUUGCGCCUGAAGGUAUGCAAAGCUUCCCUUUAUGUUCGAACGCAUUGCAUACUUUCAGGUGCGGCGAUAUAGCAUAAUCCAAUAACGAUGAGAGGAGCAUCCUUUCACCUUAAAUAGUGUGAGUUUAUAUUAGUUUCGAAACGAGUCAGGUAGAUUUAGGGAUUUAAUUAAACGUUUUUUUUGGUUAGGAUUAUGUUCAAUAGAAGUGUGACAAAAUUACGAAACAUUCCAAGAGUAAAAGAUAUAAUUUAACUCAUUUCCAUUGCACUAGUAUUAUUACUAAUCCUAUAACUUAUCUAGCCUAUUCGAACGCGCACAAAGAAAUCGUUUAUUGCAAGAGCGCAUGCCUACAGUCUGUUAGACAACAGAGAAGAAGAAAAAAAAAGCAGCAGAAAAGAACAUAUAAUCUCCAAUGCAAACUUUAGCAAUCACAUGUUAUCGAAGGCACCGUUCGGAAAUCGGAUAAUCACCGGAACAUUAACAGUAUAACCAUUUACUCGACGCAGCGCAGGCUUUCGUCCGCGGCCAUGGAACUGAACGAAACAAACGUAUUAAUCCUGCAGUUAGUAUGAGAAUUUAAAUUUGAGCCAAGUAUAGUUUGUGCUUAGUAUAACUGCGUUGUUCUGAAGCAAUUGUUGUGGGGUGCAUAAAGCGAAUGAUUGCGCGCUUAACUUGAAGCAAAUAGAAUUUAAAUGGAAAAGGUGAGAUCAAGUGAGGGAUGGGGGGUUUUGGCGAAAAUUCUUAAAAAAAACAUCCAAUCAAGGAGCAGGUUAGGUGGUGAGCUGCCAAAAAGAGAAGAUAAGAGCGCAUGAAUGGUUUGACCAAUUUUUGUGCGAGAUGCAGGAACGGAAUUGGAGGUUUGAGUGCGUAUUAAACCGUAUUAAACACAAGUCUAGUCGUUAAACUUACACACUACAUUGCGUGUAUAUAAUCGUAGGAAUUGUAUAAGGCGUGUAUGAUAUGACCAGAGUAUAAAACCGCUACUAACAAGUGCGUUUGGUAUAGAA